AGAACCUUUGCCCAGAUUUCAUAGCCAAUCGCCGAUGAAUUUCUGCAGCUGCUUUAUGCUCCCAGACAGAUAUGCGCCUCCUUUGGGCCCUAGUUUUCUCCAGCCUUCCCUGGCUGAGAGCAACUGUGCUCCUAAUAGGAUGUGAAUGCCCCUCAGGCUACGACAAGAUCGCCAGCGACACCGACUGCAGCACCACCGCGAGCAAUAUGGGCCAGACGUACGGAGGGGUGCGGAAUAAGGCUCAUGGCUUUCAAGAAGCACCAGAAGGAUGCUGGCAACUUCGGAGCACUCUGGUCGUCUAUUGGAGCACGGGCGUUGGCCUCAACUGCAACUAUGACAAGAGUUACGUGAUUUGCGAGGUGGCCCCCACCACGACCUCCUCGACCUUCACGAGCUUCACCACCAGUUCUUCCACUGCAACAGCCACGACGCUCACCGUGACCACUGCGACGAGCUCUUCCAGCAGCUCCACGACCAGCAGCACAAGCUCCAGCAGCAGCUCGACUUCACAGUCUUCCACAAGUAGCAGCUCCACGAGCAGCUCAACCAGCUCUUCCAGCAGCUCCACCAGCAGUUCCUCGAGCAGCUCCUGGAGCACCUCAACGAGCUCACAGACCAUGUCUAGCACGUCGACCUCACAGUCCAACACCACCACGGUCACGUCGACCACCACAACGACUUACUCCACCAGCAGCUCUGUGAGCUCUUCGGUGACCUCCACCACCUCUACGCAAAGCCGAACUUCAGUCACCAGUAGCACCAGCCACACCAUUAGCUCAACCGCAUCGAGUGUCACGGCCACCACAGUGAUGCUUAGCACGACCACGGCCAGUACAUUCCGCGAGCACAACGUGUCGAACGAGACCGCAACUACACUUGGGGGCGGAGUAUCAGCUAGCACCACGACUCCCAGUGAAGACAACCUGUCUGAGAGCAAUACGACAAGCCAGGCAAGUGGCCAGUGGACCAGCCAUCAGGUGUCCUUUGCCCUGGACGGCUGCUACAGUCGCGAUGUGCUCUCGUGGCAGGGCCUGGGGAAGAUCUCCUGGGUUCGAUGGCCUGCUGUGGUCUUCGGAGCUUUUCUGGCAUUCUCAGUGCUGCUGAUUCUGUGCAUCUGCUGCAGCUCUCCUCCAUUGAUCUCCCUGUCGAUGUUGGAGUUGGGCCGUGGAGAAUCGGUUCAGCAGGCUUUGAGGCAUAAAAGGAAGCUUCGCGGAUGGCGCGCCUCCAUUAUCCAUAGGUGCACCAUGUACAUCCGAUGUUACAAGGCCAGCCUGUGUGAGCGAACCUUGUCUUUGGUGCAGGAGUCCACCGUUUCGGCGAGACAGACUUGGGCCGAUGCACGUGAGACCAACGCGAUGAUUGCAAGCGUCCGUGCGCAGGGCAUCUACAUCCUCGAGUCCUUUGGGAACGCAGGGCUUUCAGAGAGAUUCCGCAUGCUGUGGCCUCCGAUGCAGCCUUGGAGACAGGUCUUCUACUUCAGCUUUUACUCCUCCAAGAAUGAGCGUUUAGCCCGGCUCCUGCUGCGUCUGGCGCUUUCGGCGCUGCUGGCGGCGCUCGCCAGGCAGCUGGUCUUCGGCGCGUUCUCCGCUGACGCGGAGGACGCCGCACCCGAGGUCUGCGGGCAGCGGCCGGAGGGCCUGGCAGAGGUACUUCCACUGGCCCUGAUAUGUCAUGGCAUCGCGCGGCUGAGUUCCUCUUUGUUGGAUGCAGCUUGUAUGCUUCAGCGUGGAUGUCUUUGCUGUCGGUGGGUGGCGGUUUCACAAGGUUUGUUGAGCUCGGUGGUCAUUGUCAUCCUUUUCUUAUCAAACACCAGCGAUGCUGACGGCCUUUGGUGGAUGUUCUGUUUCCUCCUGAUCCUGCUGCUGGACUUAGCGCUGGUACCGUUCGUGGCGACGUUCCUUUUGGCUGCAGUUUCCACCUGCUUGGUAGAUCGGGGUGUGGUGAACAGCUUGCUCGAGGAGUUUCCCAAUCACGACGCUCCGGUUCAGGCGCAGCCUGCGGCCGCGGCCAAGAUCACCAUUAACUCGGAGCCCUCGGUGGUUGAGGAGCCACACCCAUCGCUGCUGAGAAGUCCAAGCAAAGAUAGCAAAGAGCAAAACAAGGUCCAUGGUGGGGGCCAAGUCCUAUCGGUGUUGCCAGGCAUGAACGAGGAGGCAUGAGACCUGAAGGGAGUGGUGGAGCGCAUUAGUGGCUCGAAGCAAGUUGACGGAGGCCAUCGCUCUUAAGUUGGAGGCAGGCCAAGAAAAACGAAGACUUCGCUUGUUGAACGCCUGUGGAAGGAAGACUGGUCGGCGUCACACUUUCGAAGGGGUUUAGGUCUUGGACGGGACCAUGUCCGUAUCGCUCAGCUCAAAGGGUUUUUGAAGAACAGC